AUGCAAGUUCUCGAAGCAAAGCUCCUCGCAGACCUGCUCUUCCUGGCCCGGGAAGAGCGCCGGAAGGCGGCCGCGGUCACCAGCUCGCUCCAGAAAGGCACAGAGCGACUGAAGGAGGCCAACAAGAUCUCCACGGAGACGGAGGACAUUGGCGUCCGGGCUCUCCAGGACCUACGCAACCAGCGUGAGACCAUGAUCCGCAUGAAGGACAACACGCACGACGUCGGUGCCAACCUGGAGGAUGCCGAGAGAGCGGUCAAGGAGCUUGACAAGCAGACGUGUUCGGUGAUGUGA